UUUCUUUAACUUGGUCUUCUUUUUUCUCUCGUUUGUGUAGAAAUUUUAGUUUAUGCUUUUAUUUUUAUCAUUAAGAUUACUUUAAAGAAAUGAGUGUUUUGUAUUCUUAUGGAGGUGUGAAUUCUCAAGCGUACUAAAGUCUUCUCUUUCACACCUUCCUAUCUUUAACCCAUGGGUCGGGAAGAAUCUAGGGUUUGAAACCACCAAGUCCAACAAAGGUCUGUGUUUUUUGGUCAUGCUUUCUUUUAUUUCUUUCUUUAAAUAGUUUUCUGUGCUGCAAUUCUUGUCUUUAGUUCUUUUAAUUUCAACUGGUUUUUGUAAACCCACUUGAAUCCGAUCUUCUGGGUUUUUUUUUUUCUUUUUUAUUUGCAAAGUGUUUGGGAAGUUGAAUUCUUAAAAUUUCUGUUCAAAACCUUGUUGGGUGUCUUCGGUUUACCUACAAGUGGCAUAUUGACUAUAUGGGUUUUUCAUUUUUUGUGCUAAAGAUCUGUUUUUGGAGUAAAAGUUGAGAUCUUUAGCCUAUAUAUGCUGUGUUUUGUUUUGGGGAAUUAGGGUAUAGUUUUUUUGGGGAUAAAAUGGAAGAGGUUGAAGAAGCUAACAAGGUAGCUGUUGAGAGCUGCCACAAAGUUCUAAGUCUAUUGUCUCAGCCCCAGAAUCAAGUUCAGUAUAGGAAUUUAAUGGUAGAAACUAGAGAAGCUGUUUUUAGGUUUAAAAGAGUUGUUUCACUACUCAAUACUGGUUUGGGUCAUGCUAGAGUAAGAAAGCUCAAGAAAUUGCCAACCCCACUUAACCAAUCCAUCCUUUUAGAUAAUCCUCUCAAUAGAACAAAAGAUAUUCCACCAAAGAAUAUGAAGUUUCUCCAAUCUAGUUUCCAUGAAAACCAAGUUCAAGAAAUGGAGGCACUUGCUAAAAGUUCAUUAACUCUGGGGAAUCCAUCUCUAGAACUGCUGUCAAAUGGGAAAAACCCCCUUCAACUUGCCCAACAAACAUCUUCAUCACACUACCAUUUCAUUCAGCAGCAACAACAACAGCAGCAGCUGCAACAAAGGUUACAUCUUCAGCAGCAGCAAUUGAAACUUCAAGCUGAAAUGAUGUUUAGAAAGAGUAACAGUGGAGUGAACCUGAAUUUUGAUAGCUCUAGCUGCACACCCACCAUGUCAUCCACUAGGUCUUUUAUUUCUUCCUUGAGUAUGGAAGGCAGUGUGGCUAAUUUGGAUGGGAGUGCCUUCCAUUUGAUUGGUGCACCUCGUUCUUCAGAUCAGAGUUCGCAACAACACAAGAGGAAGUGUUCUGGAAGGGGGGAAGAUGGGAGUGUGAAAUGUGGGAGCAGUGGCAGGUGCCACUGCUCAAAGAAGAGGAAGCAUAGAGUGAAGAGGUCCAUCAAGGUGCCUGCUAUCAGCAACAAGCUUGCUGAUAUCCCUCCCGAUGAUUAUUCUUGGAGGAAGUAUGGACAAAAGCCAAUCAAGGGCUCUCCCCACCCUAGGGGAUACUAUAAAUGUAGCAGUAUGAGAGGCUGUCCUGCAAGGAAACAUGUGGAGAGGUGCUUGGAAGAUCCGUCCAUGCUUAUGGUUACCUAUGAAGGCGAACAUAACCACCCAAGGCUACUAUCACAAUCGGCAAACACAUAAACAUCAGGGAAAGUUACAUUGGAUCACUUCAAGUCAUUGGUGUUCAAUUUAUCAAACUUUUUUAUGUUUGGCUUGAAUUGCUCCUGUACAUAUAUUUGCAAUGGUUCAACUACAAGCAUGGGACAUACUUGAGCGGUUUUUUCUUGGCUUGGAGAGUUGUCUUUCCAAGCCUUUUUAUCGCAAUGUUGCUGCAGGCUUCAAAUCCGUGUGCUGAACCAAAGAAAAUGUGGAUUGGGGUUUCAAAGUGUAAGAACUUUUUCAUCUUUAAAAGGCAAUUAGUGCUUUAAACAA